UUAUUUAUUGGCAUUUUUAUUUUUAAAACUAUGGACAGCGAUAUCGAUGUGUAUGCAUUGCUGGGAGUUACAGCAGAGGCCGGCGAUAAGGAGCUGACAAAAGCAUACAGGAUAAAGGCACUGCUACAUCAUCCUGACAAGAACCGCGACGAUCCCAAUGCAGCCAAAUUCUUCCACGAUAUCAAAAGCGCUUACGACUUGCUCAACAAUCCAAAGCAACGAGCAGAAUACGAUGAAAAGCGGAAGGCUCAAUUGGCCAAGCGCCAACGGCAGGAUGCACUCUCCGCACGCGAGAUUGAAAGGAAGCGCGAGCACGAUGUCAACCGGGAAGCCGCUCGGUUUCGCGAAGAGUCGCAGCGAGAGGAGCAGAGGCACGACAGGAAGAUGCGCGAGCACAUACGCCAGAUGAACGAGGACGCAAAGCGGACAGAUGAGACUCUGGCGGAGCUAAACGAGUCGCUUGCAGGACUUUUCUCGAUCUUUGGGGACAUUGAGGAGGUUGUCGUGGCGCCGACGUCAUACCAUGGAAAGAAAAAGGACCCUUCUAUGUCUUCAGCAUUACUAGUGUUCAAAUCAAUUACAUCUGCACAUGCGCUGAUGAACACGCAGCACCAGAGCAGCCAACUACGCGGUUUUUUGCGGUUUUGGGCUACAGGAGCGGAGCCGCAGGCAGUGCGCAACAUUACAGCAAACACCUCUGUUUUUGCCGCUCAGUCCACUACCACCCAGGCAGAUAAGCAUGGUUCUGGUUCUGGCUUUAGCGCUGGCGCUGGUAGCAUCCGUUUGCCAGAUGUUGCGAGCAUUGAUAUGCGUGAUGUUUCGGGCAGCAGCCUGGCGUUUGCGGAUUUUGAGUCGCUGACAUUGAUGCGCAUGCGGCAGCACGGUAUAUCUCGGUCCUAAUAGAUUUAGACGUAGAUUUAAAUGCAAAUACACAGCAAUUAGUUAUAACGCUGACUGUUAAAAUGUAAAGACGCAUAUAUGUUGAAUAAUAUUUUUUAUUUAAGAAAAUGGGUUAUUG